CUUCGUGGUCGCAUUUAAAACGGUCUCCGAUAAUUCUUGAGAUUGUAAUUGCAAUUAUGGUGAAAUGUCUGAAGGACGGACACGAUGAUUCAGAACGUUCAGCGAUGGCACCGGACUCAACGGCGACGGCGACGGCGGAGGAAGAAAAGCCGAAUCUGAACGGAGAUUGGCACAAUGUCGUCGUACUGGUUUCGUUGUACACAAUGCAAGGAGUGCCUUUGGGGUUAACAUCCGCCAUGCAAAUCAUUUUGCAGGGUUAUAAAUCGAUCACUUACGCCGACCAAGUAAGUGGUACACAAUUUAACGUUUUCCGAGGUUAGGUUGUGGUAUUUAUGUCAGUGUACAAUAUAUUUUUCCGACUGAAUAAUAAUAAUAAUAAGUCGACAUUUGUAUAUGGUACAUAUUCGAUCUGAAUUGAAUCCAAAAAACAAUAAAAAAAUUGUUUCGAUCUGUAAAACCCUUAACCGAUUUAGUAACCAGGAAAAAUAAUUCGGCGGAGGAACAGAGGUUGUAUUUCAUCAAUAUUGUUAAUAGUUAACACUAUCGAUAAUAGCCUAUAAAUAACAAACAAAUGAAGAAUUUUUUGGGAAAGUGCAUGACCCCUCCUCUCCAAUAAGCUAUAGCACUAUUGGAGUCACUAUUGGAAUUUUAACAUAUAUAAGGUUAGAAUAUAUAAUACCAGUGGCGCAUACAAGGGGAAGGGGGGAGUUAGGAGUCACAAAAAAAUUAAUUUUUUUAUGCGAAAAUAGUUAUCAAAAACUUUUUAAGAGAUUGCUAAGAGAUUAGAAAUAUCAUAGCUAUCAUCAACAUAUACGUCUACUGUUGGUUAUAAUAAUUAUAUUGUGAUUAUCUAUACGAUUAUUGUUAGCACUCUGCAACCAUGGUCCGUGUUAUUAACUUAUCCCUUUUUUGGGUAAUGAGACCAUAGACCAAUGAUAAUCAUAUCGUAAUAAAAAUUGAUAAACUCUAAUGGAAAGACGGCCAUGAUAGUAGGAGUACAGCACUAGAAGUUGGUAAUACCUAGUUCUCGGCGUUUGUACUAGCAUGUUUUCAUUAAUAUUCAAUACUGAAAUCCGAAAGUACUGAUAUUUUUCCUUCGUUUCAAUACCUAUAAAAAAUUUCUUAAGAUGCCAAUAAUUGUAUUUUUUUUCAAGGGUUUUAUUAUCCUCAGUUCCUAAUAAUAGUUAUCAAAGUGGAUAGAAAUCAUUUAUUCAAGUUCUAUGCAAGAGAAACGAUCGGACAAUUUUAAACUGCCGAUCUAUUUAUAAUCUGUAACACUGCCGUUUGUUGAUACAUACUUUUAUAACUAAUAAUUUAUAAGUAUGAUUAAAGUUUGAAUUUCGCCCUCCCCCCCCCCUGGAAAAUGAGCUAAAUACGCCCCUGUAAUAUGUGCUAUCCUUUUUAGAAAAGUAUUAUAAACAAAAAAAAAGUCCUAUGUGUGCUACUAUAUAAAACUAAUAAAAUAAAACCUACGAAUCAUUUCGAACAUGUUUGCAAAGAUAAGUCUGUGACGAUUCAUCACGUUUCUUACACGCCGUAUAAUCGUGUAUAGGAUUUUUUUUUUUUGGCUUGUAAUAUUAUGUCUCUCUUUAUAUCUAUAUUCAUUGAAAAAUACCUAUUGUUGUAUUAUUUAGUUUGUUAUAUUUUUGUCUCGUAUCGUUUAAUCUAACAAAGCAUUUUAUAUUCAAUAUUAUUCGUAUAUGAUAAUCCUAUAAAUAUUCCAAAAUGUUGACAUUAACGAAUUAGAUCGUAUUAAAUUGUAUAUAUAUAUAUACGUCACACGACUCGUAUGAUACGAGUGAAUGACAUAAUCAUUUAACUUAAAAAAAAACGUAUACAAAAAUAAUCAUAAAUAAUAUUACUUUUAUUUAGGUUGUUUUUUGCUAAUCAUAAUACGUAAAUAAUAAUUUUAUUAUUUUUAAUCAGAAAACUUAUGUUUACUGUUUCUAGACGUGGUAAAAUGUUCAAAACAUGCGAACCAUUUUUGUGUUCUUUAUAAAUAUUUUAAUUUUGCGAGUUUUUUACGUAAUUUUUAUUCGGUAGUUACUCUGUGGAUAAAAUUGUUAGACCAAAUAGAAAUGCUUGAAAAUUGAAUAGGAGUUUCUUCAAAAAUCGUUCUUCGUGGUAAAACAAAUCGUGUAACCGUAUUUUUGAUCAUUAUUAACUUUUCUUAUCCUAAUAAUUUUUAACUUUAAUGAGUAUAUUUUGCAUUGAUUUUUAAAUAUUAUAUAUUAAUUGAAUCACAAGUUACAACACUGAUAUUAUUAAAAAAACUAAUACAAUUAACAUAUAUUUUAAAACUUUCUAUUAUACUGCCUAUUUAAUGUAGGAGUAGUUAUACUAUUUCAUGUGAGAGUUGACACUAUCUAUAUGUUUUGCAAGAAUUUCUCAUUCAACUGACUUGUUGCUAUUAACUCAAUGAUAAUUUGAAAUCGGUAAACGUUAAAAUUGCGAAGUUAUAACAAAAGAAGUAAAACUUGAUUAGAAAAAAAUAAUAAUAUUGUAAUACGGGGGACUUAUGUUAAGGCUGCUGCAACUAGCUCCAUUUUUUUGAGCUACACAGCAGGACAAACUCCUUUACUGAUUACGCGUAUAACAAUAUGAUAUGGGUAUUUAAAUUUGAUAAACGCUAUUUUUAUUGGUUCUCGGUGUUAUCCAUUCCACUGUACGUCGUAGAAAAUAAAAUAUUACGAUUAACGAAUUUGGCCAUUUGUAAUUAAUUCAUAAAAAUAUUUGUAUUACUAUGUGUGAUUAUUAUUUAUUAUGUCAUUACAGGCUUUAUUUAGUAUUGUACUGUGGCCGUACAGUUUGAAACUCUUGUGGGCCCCGGUUGUAGACGCAAUCUACAUACAACGCGUGGGAAGAAGGAAAUCUUGGCUCAUACCCGUUCAAUAUACCCUAGGUAUGUGAUGUUUAUGUUUAAGUCGUUUAUUUUUUCAUCAGGUAUAUGAUCGUCAUUAUGUUUGUAAUUGGCAUCGCGUCAUUUAUUUAAAAAAAAAAAAAUGAAAAUUGUAUAUAAAUCGAACGAAAACCUGUAUGCGUUUUUGGAUAUGGAUCGUAAUAAGUAUAAUAUUAUUAAAAUACGUUCGAAAGUUAUGCAAUUUUUGCAACUAUACGAAUCCAUUGGCAUUUGUAAACCUCAAUAUAUAGUGUUUAAUAAGUUAAAAUGUUUAUUCGAUAGUAUACAAAUAGAAUAUUAUGUAUGUACAGUAAAAGGUACUAUUCGUUGUAAUCCUAAUCAUUUUUUGAACAGGUGCCUGUCUCCUUUAUUUCGGUAAUAACAUGGACGAUUUGUUACCGGAGUCGGGUAAACCGAAUAUUAACAUGAUCGUGUGCGUGUUUUUCAUAAUGAAUUUGACGCUGGCCACUCAGGAUAUAGUCGUUGACAGUUGGGCAUUGACCAUGUUGAAAAAGUAAGAUAAAUAUACCUAAAUAUCAAUGAGCAUCGUUUGUAUUAGACGAUAAAUAUGAAUAUAUAUACACAUAUAUUUAUUUAUUUUUUAGUGUAAAAUAUAAUCAUGUUUAAUACUCACAAGUUUAAAUAAUCAUUAGAAAUAACGUGAGUUAUGCGUCUACGUGCAAUUAUGUUGGUGCAGCUGCUGGAAUGUGCAUCGGUUCCGUUUGUCCGAUUCUGCUCGCGUCUGAAGACUUUUGCAACAGAUAUUUACGAAUUACACCCGGCAUAGGAGCUAUUAUGAGUAUAAAAAGUAUGAACAUAAUAUUAAAUUGACGUCUUGUUUUUUAUUGUACUAUAGAAAUUAAUACGUUAAUUAAAUCAAGCAUUUUUUCCUGAAAAUUCGGUAUUAAUGCAGCAAAACAUGCUUUUUAUUAUUAUCUGUAUCGUAUUCAAAAUCUACACAUGCAUUUUUCUUUAUUUCUUUUUAUCGAAAUGAAAACAAAAAUCUUUUAAAAUCAAAUUUUAGAGCAGGUUAAAAAUAAACCGGAAAUACUGAUUCCCUGGCGAUAAAAUUCGAUCGUGAUAUUGGAAUUUCUACUCAUCAAUUAUCUGCUUAAUUAUUUUCCAUUCUUUUCAGCGAUAGUUUUAUGCGUUUCGUUUUUACAGGUUUUUCGUUUUUUUGGGGUAUGGCAUUUUUCUUGAUAACGACAUUGAUUGUUAUAGUCAAAAGGGAAACCGAUAAUAAGUCGGACGAAGAAAACGACCACACCAAUGUCUUUCGAAGUUUUGCACGGAUAUGGGACAUUUUAAAAAUACCUCGUAUGAAAAUAUUGGUAAUGGCUGUUCUGACGACGGCGGUAAAUAGUUUGGUUUAAUGUUUAAUACUGUUCUGUUACACAAUCCAGUUGUAAUACGGAAUAAUAUCAUUGGAAUAGACCUCUAAUAUCAUAGAUUUUAUUAGAAAUCUGUAUCGAAAAUCGAGAAAAUUGUUUUAAUUUCGAAAUUGGGAAUCGUAUAUCGAAAAUUUAAAUAAUAUCCUAAAUUCAUAAAUUGAAGUCAAAUUUUGUUUUAUUUUUUUUGUUAGUUAUAAUUUAUUACGAACAGCAUUCGUAAUUGUAUAACAUUUCUUAUAUUGGUUUUUUUAAUUUACAGGUUGGUUCGUCAGCAACGGAUUCCGUGGCGAAUUUGAAAUUAAUAGACGCCGGUGUAUCCAAAGACGAUAUUAUGUUAAUAAUUACAACCAUGUACAUUUUAAAAAUAGUCGUACCACUUUUCCUAACCAAAUACACCACAGGCCAAAAAACAAUUAGUUUUUAUCUUAUUUUGUGGCCGUUUAGGUAGAUACAAUAAUUGUACCUAUCAUAUCGUAUCAUAUCAUAUCAAUCAUACCUAAAUAAUUUUAAUAUCGUAUACUCAUAACGUAUGACGAUAAACGUACAUAUUUUUCCGAAUAAUAAAUAAUUUUAAUGACCCUCCUUUCUUGUAAAUGGAGAGAGGCUUUAAAGACGACCAGUCCUUCAAACAAAUACUCUUUAAUUUAUUUCUAGACAAUUUUAAUGUAUAGUUGAGAUCGAUUUUUUUUUUUUUUUUUUUUUGAUUUUUUCUAAACGGAUGAUGUUGUUUUUAAACAGACACUAUGGUAAUUUCAAAUUUUAUUUCAUAAUACCUACUUAACGACGUGUUAUCGGACUGAUUGACCCAGUACAUGAUAACGUUGGAGUGGAAACCGUGUUUUUGGAGAUAAAAUCGUGCCUGCGAUUGUUUGACGCGCAUUUUCGCGAUCGGUUAAUGUUUAAGCUAUUAUAAAUCGUUUAUAAAAAAAAAAAAAAAUCCCUGUCCAGAACUCGUAUAGAAACUCUGUUGCGAUCAUGGUGUUAUUGAAUGUUUCAGAUUAUUCUGGAGUCUUCCGUUCGCUAUGUUGGUUUAUUACACGCCAACGUUAAUCAAAAACAGUAACGGGGUUGUGUACGUGCCGAUGUAUUACUAUUUUCUAAUAGGUUCGAUAUUUGCCAUAAAUGAGGUAACGUUGAUAAUAAUAAUUAUGUUUUUGAUUGGAACGCGCAAAUCUAAUUUUGCGUUUUCUUAGGUCAGUUAUCGCGAAAAAGUUUACUUAACUUCGUGUUAUAAUCAACACGAUUUCACGGAGAAUUGAAUAAUAUUACAAUUUGUACAAACUAUGAAUCAUUAUUAUUACUUAUUAAAUAAAUUGAUUUGAAAAAAAUUACACACAUAUGUAGCUGCAUUGCAUUCUGUAACGCAUAAACGAUUGUAAUUACAUUUGUUUUUAUUACAGUCGUUGUCUUGCCUUAUGUACAUUACAUUAAUGGCGUUUUUUUCUCGAAUCAGCGAUCCUCGGUUUGGAGGGACGUACAUGACGUUAUUGUGCACUGUACGCAGUACAGGACUCGUCGUGCCACACACGACAGUUCUUAAAAUGGUUGAUGUGUUAACGUUUUACAAGUGUUCAAACGAUUUCCAGAAUAAUUCUACGGGCGAUUUAAAGAAUGUUAGCCAAUAUUUUAAUUGUUUCUAUCUAAAAUAAGUUCACUUCGUUCUUUAGCAUAUACCAUAUAUACUUCCUAAUAUUGUGUUUUCCGAUGAUAAUAUCAUCAUAUUGACUUGUGUUCACAUUAUAUUAUAUAAUAUACGUACCGAACACAUGGUUUGAAAAUAUAAAAAUAUUUUUCAGAUGUCAUAUUAUACUGCGAAUGACGGAAAAUGCACUAAAAUCGUGGACGGCUACUACGUAGAAGUCAUCGUGUGUCUGUUGAUCGGAUUCGUUUGGUAUGGCAUUUUCAAAGGAAAUCUCAAAAAAAUCGAAUCAAAAAAUCGUUCUUAUUGGUUGGUCGAUGUGAAUGAUCGGUUUGAGAAUAUUGCAGUUUCCGCGAACGCUUAA